CUUCAUGACUUCCCAUCACAACGUGCAAGCUCUCCAGGAUGAGAUAGACGACCUUGAAAGGCGUCUUAAGGAUGCCAAAUUGCGACUACAGGCUUCCAAUGCGGAGGUAGAACCGCGCGAUUGUCAUGUGUACCCACCCCCUUCAGCCCCCUCCCAAUCUACCCUCCACGCCCUCCUCCUCCUCUCCGACUCCGCCCUCCCCCUCGGCUCCUUCGCCUUCAGCAGCGGCCUAGAAUCCUACCUCGCGCACCACAAGCACUCGCAUUCCUUCCCGCAACAGCAAUCCUCCUCCCAGAAGACCCAACUCGCAGCCUUCCACACCUUCCUGAAGCUCUCCCUCGCCACUCUGGCAAGCACUUCGCUGUCGUACGUGCUUGCGGGAUACCGGAACCCGGGGGAUGUGGAAAGCUUAGACAAUGAGUUCGACGCCAGUACGCCGUGCAUUGUUGCCAGGCGGGCGAGCGUGGCUCAGGGUCGAGCAUUAGUGGCAGUCUGGGAGCGCAGUUUCCGGGACGAAUAUUGCCCCGCCGCACAGGACGAGGAGCGAAACGAGGCCAUCGACGCACUGAAAUCCUUCUCCGCUUCCCUGCGCAGCUCUGCCUCGAUCCCACCUACUUCUACUGCAAAUCCCUUUUCCACGCAUCUAAACGCCCACCUCGCCCCGCUCUGGGGCCUCGUCACGCGCGCGUUCGAUAUCCCCCUGCGAGACGCGGCGUACCUUUUCCUGUUCGCGCACGCGCGGACGGUCAUGAGCGCGGCGGUCCGGGCGAGCGUCAUGGGGCCGUAUCAGGCGCAGGCGGUGUUGGCGAGUGGGGAGUUGCGGGAGAGGAUUUGCGGGCUUGUGAGGGAGGGGUGGGGGAGGGGGACGGAGGAGGCUGGGCAGGGGGUGCCGGUUAUGGAUGUUUGGGUUGGGAGGCAUGAGGUUUUGUAUAGUAGGAUUUUCAAUUCGUAG